AUGGACGAAGUCGCCACCGCUGCGUCACUUAGUUGGGGUGACGGGAGCAGCAGCGAUGGAAUCGCCGAUGACGUCAGCGCCGCAGCGGCCGGCUCCGACGCGAUGAUGGACGACGCGGUGCUCGAUGAGCUGCAGGACGACGGCGUGGGCGGCGGCGGCAGCAGCAGUGGUGGCGACAUCCUCGACGAGGUGGCGGGCGACUUGAGCUGGGCGCAGGCAGAGAGCGACUUCGCAGAGGCCCUUGCGGGUGCGAGCGAUAUCGACGAAAUUCUAGCGGACGGCGUGCCGCUGCCGAGCGACGAUGCGGCCACGGCGCCUAUCACGGAGGAAAUCGCGCCGGUCUCCUCCUCCGCUGCCACCACUUCCGUUGAAAGCGUGCUGGACGAGCAGCUGAGCGGUACGCCGGACUCCGUCAGUGUCGAAGAUGACGCUGUCGCCGUAUCCUCUGCAGCGUCGGAUCCCGACGACGCCGAUGUGUCGUCGGUGAUGCCGGCCUCCUCCACAACAGCGUCCGACACGGCGGUGCGGCGCCACUACGGAGGGAGCAGCAGCAAUCAUGAUGAGACCGAUUCCGAAGAGAGCGCGCUCGAUGCGCUCGAGUGUGACAUGCACGAGGGGAAGCCACGCCGUGUAAAGGCGCUGGAGUCGGUGCACCCAUCAGCCUUCUCUCCCCUGUACGCCGCUGAUGAGACAGAGACUACAGCAACCGACACUCAGGCGUCAGAGGAGAAGGUGCACAGCAGUGAUAGUGAGACAUCUCAAGAAUGCGUCUUGCGGGCGACGGGACAAGACGUGGGUGUAUUGGAGUCUGCUGCUAUCGCUGCCGAUGUUGUGUUGCCACCUCGUAGUGAGCAGGUCGCUGCGUCUGCACCACCAAGCGAUGUUGCGACAGAUAGGCCGUCGCAUUCCACCGCACUGAGGGAGUACGCUGCUGACGACCUUGUGGCCCAGUUGGAGUGGAAAGAGCGGCAGCUAAGCCUCUUUCGGCAGCUACGGCCAAAGUCUGUUUGGGCGGAGGAGGGCGACGAGAAGGAUGCUGAUGCAACAGAGCCGGUUGAGGGGAAGGCGGAUUAUCACUGGGGCAUGCUGGAGACACUCUUGCAGUGCCGCUUUGGCGGCGAAUCUGCCUACAACUACGACGAUGAGGAGGACGCUGAUGAACGCGACGACGCUGACGACGGAAGCGGCUGGACAGACGCCGACGAGGUGAGUGGCGUGAACGGCCAAUCGAGCAUCGACGUGUCGGCGGACGCAGAGUACUCCGAUGCGGUCGCCUGA